GCCUGAACCACCAACACCAGGAGCAGAAAAGACCUUGAUAAAUUAUUAUAAGAAUUAAGGCCUAAGCAUUAAAAAAUAUGAUUGAAGAGGAAAAUAAUAAUAUUUCUGGAAAAGCUCCGGUGCGAAUUGCCUUUGUUCAUCCUGAUUUAGGAAUUGGAGGAGCAGAACGAUUAGUAGUAGAUGCUGCCGUAGGACUACAGUCCCUUGGGAAAGAGGUUAUCAUUUAUACUUCUCAUUGUGACAAACAGCAUUGUUUUGAAGAAAUCCGGGAUGGUACUCUAAAAGUAGAAAUAUAUGGAGACUGGUUACCUUCUUCCAUUUUUGGCAAGCUGUCGAUUCUUUGCAGUACCGUGCGACAAAUAUACUUAACCUUAGUCCUUCUUUUCAAGUUCAGUUACUAUGAUGCUAUAUUUGUAGAUCAGUUGUCUAAUUGCAUUCCAAUGCUGUUACUCGCCUGUCGUACGUUAUUGUUCUAUUGCCAUUUUCCUGAUAAGUACUUGGUAAAGCCAGGAGGUGGGAUACUUAAAAGGCUUUAUCGCGUUCCGUUUGACUCAUUUGAGGCGUGGUCUGUUCGUUUAGCCGAUCGUAUUGUUGUUAAUAGCAAUUUCACAGCAUCCGUGUUCAAGAAAGCUUUUCCCAAAAUUCGAAAGCCUCUUCGAAUUAUUCAUCCCUGUGUAGAUGUCAAGGCUGCUGACCAUUCUUCGCAAUAUAAAAUUUCACAGUCAAUUUCAUCUCGCAAAGUACUUAUGUCUGUCAAUAGAUAUGAACUGAAAAAGGAUAUUGCUCUGGCCAUUGAAUCGUUCGCUGCUCUUCGUGAUUUAUCCUCGGAUCACUUUUCUGACUACCUUCUGGUUGUUGCGGGAGGAUAUGACACACGUGUUACUGAGAAUCGUAAAUAUCUGGAGCUACUUCAAAAUUUAUGCAAGCAGAAGGGUUUCACUUAUCGUACAAUGAAAGACGAUUGGGAUAGCUUAUCCGUUGAGUCUCAUGUAAAUGUUUUGUUUUUGCUAUCUGUACCUUCUGAUAUCAGAGAUGCGCUUAUUUCUACUUCUAAGAUUCUCCUAUAUACACCCGAAAAUGAACACUUUGGAAUUGUACCUCUAGAGGCAAUGCUCCGAGAAGUGCCUGUUCUUGCUCAGUCAAAUGGUGGACCUUUAGAGACUGUAUCUGAUGGGAAAACGGGUUGGCUCCGUCCCCGCGAUCCUAAAAUUUGGGGAAACGUAAUUCACGAAGCUGCUACUAAUUCGGCAUACGACAUCAAAGCAAUGGGUGAAGAAGGAAGAAAAUGGGUAAUUAAUGAGUUUUCUGCUGACGCUAUGGCUUCCAAGGUUGAAUCAGAAAUAAUGUCUGGGAUUUGUUCUUCUACGCCGAAACGUUACAUAAUGCGAUGCUUUCAUGGAACAGUCGCUCUUUUGACAUUAGCUUCACUCGUAUGGUUCAUGUUUACGAUACUUUUCUUCUAUUCUUUGAGCUUUUUUCACGGCGUUGCUACCACCACCGAUGACUCAGUUUCUCAAUUAAGCCUUUGGUAUGGCGGCAUUGCGACUAUUCUUUCUAUCAUUACAGUUGCUAUGUAUGCCAGAACCAUUUAAUCUUUUAAUUCUUUAAUUUGUAGUUAGCAUUCGUUCCUUUUCGAUUGACAUAUACAUUCUUUUCCCAAAAAAAAUGGAAAUAAAACACAAAAAUGAAAUUAACUCUUUCUGUUUUCUAUCUUAAUCUAAAAUCCA